GCAUCAAAGUGAAGCCACUGAGAUAGUGAGACAAAAAGACCACAGUAAAUCUGUCGCUCACCACUCUGCCGUUCACUCCACGCUUGUUGGCUUGUGUAGAUAAGUUUGCCAUUUUAUUGGCACAAACACCGAUCGAAAGGGGAACGAACGAAAAGUUUCCGCUGCAAGCAUGGACCUCUCACCGUUUCUUGCACUGCUGCCCAUCGCCCUUCUCUCCCUCGUGUUCUUCUUCUCCACCGGCAGAAAAUCUACUCUCUCCCAUGGAGGUGGACGGAGGAGCUUGCCACCCUCGCCGCCGGGCUUCCCUCUCGUCGGCCACCUGCCGCUUCUUGUCGGGUCGCUACCCCACCGGACGCUCCGGGCGAUGGCCGAAACGCACGGCCCGGUCACGCUCCUGCGGCUCGGCCGCGUACCCAUCGUGGUGGCCUCCUCGGCGGCCGCGGCGCAUGAGGCCAUGAAGACCCGAGACGUGGCCUUCGCGGGGCGAUACUGCGGGCCGAUGGUCGAGCGCCUUUUCUGUGGGCGUGACAUGGCCUUCGCUCCCUACGGCGAGCACUGGCGCCAGGCGCGACGCGUCUGCGUGCUCCACCUUCUCAGCCAGCGCUGCGUGCUCUCCUUCCGCCGCGUUCGCCACCAGGAGACCGCCGCCCUGCUCGACCGCGUCCGCGCCGCCGGCGUCGACGACGCCGCCGUGAACCUGAGCCAUCUCCUCGUCGUCUACUCCAGCGUCGUCCUCCUGCGGGCCGCGUUCGGCAACGACGACUCCAGCCAUGGGCUCGACGGAGAAGGGAAGGUUCUGAGGAAGUUGUUGGUCGACGUCGAGGAGCUGCUGGGCUUGGGCACGCUCGGCGAGGUCGUGCCGUGGCUGGCGUGGGUGGACUCGAUGAUGGGGGUGCAUGCCAAGGCAACAAGGACGUUUGAUGCGCUGGAUGGCUUCCUCGAGCGGGGCAUCGCAGACCACCAUGCGCGGCGCCGUGGAGGCCGGCGGGAGGGAGAAGGCGGCGACGGCAACGACGACAAUCGCCGCAGCUUCGUGAGCGUGCUGCUGCAUGCGAAGGAGGAGGAAGAGGCGGGAGGAAUCCUGUUUGACACGGUAGCCGUCAAGGCCAUCGUCCUAGAUAUGUUCCUAGCCGGCUCGUCUACGACCGCCUCCAUUGUGGAAUGGGCAAUGGCGGAGCUCAUCAACCAUCCAGAUGAGAUGCGCAAGCUCCAAGAGGAGAUACGCACCACCAUCCAUGGCGGCGGUGACAACCAGCAAAUCACCGAGGACCACCUCGGCAAGCUGCGCCGCCUCAAGCCGGUGCUCAAGGAGACGCUCCGUCUGCACAUGCCGUCGCCGCUCGUGCUGCGGGAGACGGUCGAGGACACCGAGCUGCUCGGCUACCACGUUCCGGCACGCACCCGUGUCAUCAUCGACGUCGGGGCCAUCGCACGGGACCCCGCCACCUGGGAGCGCGCCGAGGAGUUCCUGCCGGAGCGGUGGUUUGGGGACGAUGGCGGGCCGCUGGCGGCGGCGGCGGGGCAGGACUUCACAUUCUUGCCGUUCGGUGGCGGGCGGAGAGGGUGCCCUGGUGCUGGGUUUGGCAUGGCGAGCGUCGACCUGGUGCUGACGAGCCUGCUGUGCCACUUCGACUGGGAGCUACCGGCCGGUGGGGCGUCCACGGUCGACAUGGAUGAGGUGGGGGGAUUGGCCGUGCGGUUGAAGAAACCUCUGUGUCUGGUCGCUAAGCCAUGGUCUCCUCAGUAAGAUCCAUCAUGGUGUCGGUGUCGUCUAUAUAUCCUACUACUCAUAUUCAUCAGGAAAUUAAAUAAAGAUCUUAAUAUAUUAUCCGCAAGGGCCACGUGUCCUUCACUGGUAUCUUAUACAUUCAUGGUAAACAGCAAAAUGUAGAGUUUGGAUGCAUGACUUACAUUAUUACAUAUAAGCAUCCAUGUAAUAAGUACUUUAUAUUGGCUAUAUAUAUUAUUCUCCUCUAUUAAGUAUUAGUAA